UGCAGGUUAUGUUUACAAUUUUGUUCAAGUACGACCAUGCGUUCGCUCUCUUCUAGUUUUAUUUUCUCCAAAUUAAUAAAUUUGAACGUAUAAUUUUUCAUCAUACCGUAGUGAUCCUCCUUCUCGUCCUCAUUCUCUAAAAUUUACGACGUGACAGUUGUCGUGUCAGUGCGUGAGUUUCAUACAAGUCCACUCUUUAGGUGGAGACCGCAAGUUAUAUUCAGAAUUCAUUGACUUUAUUUUCUGCAGGAAUUUCACAUUGAAGCUUUAUUUUAACAAUGCGUUACGCGCAACUUGUUAUUGGUCCUGCUGGUAGUGGUAAGUCCACUUAUUGCCACACCAUGGCCGUGCAUGCAGAAAACGAGAAGAAAGCAGUGUCUGUUGUGAACCUCGAUCCAGCAGCCGAGUAUUUCGAGUACGCACCCAUCGCAGACAUCAGAGAUCUCAUUCUUGUCGAUGAUGUCAUGGAGGAUGAAGACAUGAAAUUUGGGCCAAACGGUGGACUUGUGUUUUGCAUGGAGUACUUACUUGAAAACUUCACUUGGCUGAUGGAACAGCUGGGAGACGAUGAUGACGAUUAUAUUUUGUUCGACUGUCCAGGCCAAAUAGAACUUUAUACUCAUAUGACAACAAUGAAAGAUCUUACCAAAGCGCUACAGAACAUAAACUUCCAGAUCUGUUCUGUCUUCAUAGUCGACGCUCAGUUCAUGGUGGAUGGUGCGAAGUUUAUCUCUGGGACAAUGGCUGCUCUGUCUGUUAUGGUGAACUUAGAAUUGCCGCACGUUAAUAUCCUCAGCAAGAUGGAUCUACUCAGCAAGUCUGCAAGGAACCAGUUAGAUAAUUAUCUCGAACCGGAUCCACAUGUUUUGUUAGGUGACUUUCAGACCGGUACCAAGUGGAACGACAAACACUUCCGGCUAACUGAAGCGAUAGGGCGCUUGAUCGAAGAUUUUAGUUUGGUGCGUUUCAUACCACUAAAUAUCAAAGAUGAAGAAAAUAUUGGUGAUGUGUUUUUGACAAUUGCUAAUACAAUUCAAUAUGGUGAAGAUGCAGAUGUGAAAACGAAAGACUUUGAAUAUCCUGAUGAUGACGAUGACUGCGAUGACCGGGAUGAAAGUUUCAGUUAGUGGCUGCAAUCUAGCCAUCCAUUGUUACUCCGUUCACAGAAUGUAAGAUAUUUAUUUUAAUAUAUGUUCAUUUUUGUUCCAAAUUUGGUAUAUUUUUAGGCCUGUACAUUUUUGUAAAGAAGGUUAAUAAAGAGGCUAUGCCCAGUUUUCUAGUA